AUGUCGACUUUCUCGCGUGUGCCCGGCCACUGGGACGACGACCAGUCUAGUCACAGUGAUCCCCCGUCGACCCGCUCCUCCAACGAUCCUCCAGAGCAUGCCUCUCAUAUUCGCUCGCGAUCUACAGCCCUCGCCCAGAGUCCGAAACGGUUAUCUGUCUUUGGCGGCCGCUCCCGAAGCAAUACUACCACGUCGACUUCGUCGCGCCGCUCCCCGGUCUCGUCCAUGACUUCCACCGAUAGCUCUGUUCCGUCCCAGGAUGAGCGGGCGCCCUCCGCACUGGGUAUGCGGUCUGAGAAAGGGGAUCGCACGUCGAGAUCCCUUUUGGCGCGUGGAAGCCGUAUGUUACGCCGCCAGGGGAGUAAGAUCAAUAUCGUCGCCACGCUGGACGAGGAGGACGAAUUAGAGAGGAUGCCACGGGCUGAUAGGAAUGGUCGUCAUCGGGGUCGACAGGUUGAUCACCACGAACGAUUGAAGAGCAUCAUCUCAGAUCCAUUCGAUUUCCACCAUCUCACCCAUACCAGUCCCUCGCAAUUCCAAGCAAUAGAUCAGACGCGCGAGAACGACCUCGUCACAGAGUUUUCGGUCAUUCGCGCUUCGCAGCGUCCUGAGGCUGGCCUCAAGGGUAUCCGCGCUGACGACAUUCAUUUCCGCGACUUUUCCACUGACGACCUGGCUGCCUAUGGAACGGCCACCACGGUCGAUGAGCCCGCGCCUCAGAGUCCGCCGGGCUCGCCUGCAGCUUCGGGGUCCACUAGCCCAACUCGCGGCCAUGCACGCAGGGAAUCUCGCAUCCACGAGAACUUCUCUCGCCCGGUCUCGAAAUAUCCACGGUCCUGUCCGACGACACCGCCUCCCCCGGAGGCUCCAGCUGAUGAGGGCGAGCCGGCUCCCAGGGCCAUUGAUGAGAUCCUGGGAUUGAACAUUGGGCCAACGUAUCCUGAGUAUAUCGACUCGGAGCGAUCUUCUUCUUCGCAACGACAAUUUAGCCCCUGUCUCGCCGAGGAUUUCACCGCCCGCACGUCCUCCGUGACCAGCAACUACAGCCUCGAAGAGGUUCCCGAGGAAGACGAAGGAACGAGGUUAUGGGACAGUCCAGAGGCCAGCGGUGACACCGUGCACUCCCGUUCUACCUCGGAAAUCAGUCCCGGGAUAUUUGCAGCUCCCCCGGUGUCUCGCCAGACAGCUCCCAAGGCCCGCCUCUCCAUCUCCGUGGCUGAAGAGCUGUCGCGCAAGUUCUCCGAGGCCCUAGGCUCGCCGACCUUGCCCCAGACUCUACCUACCACCCCACCCAAGGAAGAGUCACAGACAGCACGGCUGGACACCACGCCUCCAUCGAUCUCUGGCGUUCAACAAUUCUCCUACGACGACGAGCUGUACGAUUCUUGGGAUGCCGACAUCGACUACUGCUACGAGCACGCCGCAGAGUCCACAUCCAACUUUGACUGGACGCGCACCUCGCUCGAUGAAACCCGUCCUGAGGUCGGCAUCGCCUGCACAAACGAGUCCUGGGGCCUCUCCGUUCCCCCGAAACCCACCCGGCAUCUCCAACCCAGCCCAUUGAGCACUUCCACCCUGGCAACGCCAGAUCUGGACCCUUCCUCUGCACGCACUACCCAACCACCCUCCGCCGCAACACCUUCAGCAGAGUAUGAGCGCACCUUCAUCCGAGGACCGGCAGACUACUUCCACCCCGUCGCUUCCUCCAUCCUCUCCAAACAACUCAACCACGACACCCUUUACGAGGAUUACCUGGACGCCGACACCGACGCCUCCUCAGACCGACACUUCCCCUUCGCACCAGCGGGCAUCCACAACGCCUCUCCCCGCUCCAGUUUCUCCCCCAUCAGCAAGUGCAAUUCCCAAGAGAGUCUCAUGCUUUCUCGGGCAGCGAGCAUCGUCCGCAAACACCGCUCCUCGGUAUCAACCACCUCCGUCCCAGAACUGGUCCACUCCCUCUCCAACUCUCGCGAAAUCAUGCCAACGGACCGUCUCAGCGCUGCGGAGAUCCUAGCCCGCCCUGCCUCAAGCACCCUGCACCGUCCAACGAAGAGUCUGGCUGAGGCACACAUACUCAUGCACGCUGAUAGCAGCGCUAGUCUGGCGAGUGCUGAGACAGCGCCCCCGCGCUGCAUAUGCAUGAUCGGUCGAAGAGUAUUUCUGAGGUUGACGAUGAGACUGAUGCCGGGGUUGCUAUGGCUGUUACCCCGCCUCUACCAGCUGUGCCGGGGAAGAACCCGAUGCGGAAGAAGAGUCGGACAACUUCAUACUCUCUUUUCCCGACGCCGGCGGGUUGAGUUCGCCAGGCCUGUUUAA